GUGGGACGAUGGCAGUUGCGGUUUCGAUCGGCUUACUGCUGCUGGUGUGCCAGUGGUGGAUCGCCCCGGGUGAAGGGUUAAUCCCCAGUGAACUUUACCCGGCUGGCUGGCCAGCUCGACAAUAUCCCACAACGCUCCACCGGGCGAUUGUGGAUGGAGUGGCCACUAAUGAAGUGCCCAAUGGCCUGAUGAUCGCCCAUGACAGCCUAAAGACAGCCUUUGGCGUCCUGCUGGCCAGCUCCGAUGGCACCACGGCGGAUGAGAUCGGGGAGGCCAUGAGUGUGCCCAUGCCCUCCCAGAAAUCAGCUCAGGAUCGGCUGGUCAAUACAGAACCCCGUCAUUUGAUACCGGCAACGGAUAAAUUCAAGGAGUUCAGCUACACAGGCGUUUAUAUACCACCCCAAUUGAGUGUAAGACCGGACUACGAGGACAAAAUUAGGGACAUGGGUGUGGAUUUGGUGCCUGCGCUACGCAACGGUACAUUGGAAACGCUCUCGACGAAGCUAGAAGCCAUCAGUUCCGAGCUGAAAGACGCCACAUCCUCCGAUGAUAUGCCCUACGAACUGAAACAGCAGCCCGAAGUCUUCGUUGUGACAGCCGCCUCCUUUAAAGCGGUUUGGGCGGAUGCCGAGUUCCACAACGAGAAUCGACGGAUGAGGGAGUUCAAUGUGGACGAGCGACGACGCACCUUUGUGGAUACAUUGUACAGCCUGGCCAAGAGGCGUCAGUUGGCCCAUUUACAUGAAUUAAGAGCCACCAUGCUGCUUCUCCCACUGAAAGGAAGUCGGGUGAAGUUCAUGGUCCUGUUGCCGGAUCAAAUCAAUGGUCUGCGACAGCUCGAAAAAGAACUGGAAUUUGUGGAUCUGCGCAGCUUACUCAGAAAGAAGAUGGACACCCGCAGGUUCGAUGUUCGUCUGCCCGUGAUGAAUGUGGUGACCAACAUUGAGCUGGCCGACAAUCUGGGCUUUCUGGGCAUCCGCAAGGUUUUCAAUCCCAAGCAAGCCGAUCUAAGUCGAAUCACGGGUAAAAAACAACGACUCCGAGUGCGCCGAUUCCAACAUUUGACCCAUUUCGAACUGAACGAGCAGGGGAUCAAUUUUCAUAAAUUUGACAUCAAAGCUCGAGUUCGACAUGACGGUAAGACCCAGAACCACUUUUAUGCUUCACAUCCAUUCUUUUUCGCUCUGGUGGACGAGUUCAAGAUCUAUGCCACCGGUCGAUAUGGCCAAUUAACAGUUGAUCCGGAUGAUAUAUAAACUUUUAAUAAUGAUAAAAGACUGCGAUAGGUUAAUAAAAAGGUGAAAAAAUAAAUGCCUAGAAUAUUA